CCCGUGGCUUCGGGAUGCGAGUUGUAGGUGGGAAAACCGCGCCCGACGGUCGCCUCUUCGCCUACAUAGUUUGGACCGUUCCCGGUGGUCCGGCAGAGAAGGGUGGUCUGCAGCAAGGGGAUAAGGUCCUCGAAUGGGGAGGCGUCUCCUUGAUAGACCGUUCCUUCGAGGAAGUAUGCUCGAUAAUGGACAGAACCGGAGACAUGGUCGAACUCAUGGUGGAGCACGCAACGGAUCUUAGGAUGUGCGACCUUCUGGACGACCCGCUUCCUCCUCCGAGCAUCAACCGGAAGCCAUCGGACGCGGCCAUCACGGCUUUGCACGUCGAACCGGAAACGGACAAGGCGCCAUCGUCGCCGACGAGAAGGAAACUCCCAAAGACACCGGAACAGAUUGCACGCGAGAGGACGGUUUCGGGGAGAGUGCAGCUGCAGGUUUGGUACCACGAUGAGAGGAGGGAAUUGGUUGUCGCGGUCCUCGCUGCAGAUGAUUUGGCUCCAAGAGACGAGACUCUGGGAUUCGGGUGUCUUCCUGAAGCCUACGCCAGGAUCUGUUUGAUGCCAUUAACAACGGAACUGCAUUGUCUGCAAACAGAGGUGGCACCUGCAAGCCAGAAUCCAAUUUGGAAUGCCAACCUCUCAUUCCCAGGGGUUCCGGGCGACGAGCUGAUGGAACGCAUCCUCGACGUCACGCUGUGGGAUCUGAUCCCACACAACGAGCACGCCUUUCUGGGUGAGUGCUCGGUGGAGCUGCAGAAGGCUUUCCUGGAUGAUCGUGCGGUCUGGUGUCGACUGGAGGAUCCCAGACAGUUACGGGGCCGUUCACCUCACACGUCCCCACGGGGAUCGAUCGCCGGAGUCGGCAGAAGAGGCGAAUUUGGCAUCCAGAGAAGCGUGUCCGACGACGUCGACUCCAUCGGAGAAUGCGCCAGCCUCCUGCAUCCAGAUCACGCCUGGGGUUCGCGCAGAGGAUCCUCGCAAUCCGAACAGCUCGAGGUCGAGGUCUACCAACUUGGAAAGGACUUUUCACGUUCUUUGCCUGGCUCCAGGAGGUCAUCGUUCCAGUCUGCACAGGAACAGGAGCAGGAAGUGCCGGCCGUUCCGCCGCCGAGCUCCUACAGCCGUGACAGACGCAGGAGCAGUUGCACAAGGAUGCUCAGGGAUCCGGACGAGAUCCUGAAGAGUCUGAAGGCGGUCAAAGGCGAGCUCGGAAGAACGAUGAGCUUAACCGCCGAGAAGAGGCAGAGAAGGGCGUCCAGCAUUUCGACGACGAGGAAGGACAGCGUGAAGGAAGUGCCGGAAACGAGGGAGUCUCCGCCGUCGAGUCCGGAGCGCACGUCGCCCCCGCACCUAGGACCGGGACAGAUAAAGCCGCGCGGCUUCCGGUUGUCCAGCACGAGACCGGUGGAGCUGAAAUUGGGCCUGUUCAUGUCCAAAGGUCAACUCGAGGUGGAGGUCGUCUGCGCCAGACACAUAGCACCCAGAGAGAUCCCACCGGACACCUACGUUAAGUGCUACCUUCGCAUCGGCGACCGAUGGCUGCAGAAGAAGAAAACCAGAGUGGUAAGGCAUACUUGCGAGCCGCAGUUCCGGCAGACCCUCAGGUACCAGGCGAGCGACGUCCUCGGCAGGAGUCUGGUCAUCAUGCUGUGGGAGAGGCAGGGCGGUUUCGAGCACAACCAAGGAAUCGGAGGAGCCGAGAUCUCUUUGGAUCUGAUCACCCUAACCACCAUCACCAACGGCUGGUAUCCGCUCUUCCCCAUCCAUUCCCUUGGAUCAGACUCCAAUGACUCCCCGUAAGCUCUUCACUUCGCGCAACGUUCGUAUUCUUGGAUGUAUAAACAAGUUGAAACAAGUAAAGAGCAGAAGACAAAAAAAGAUUUUAUUUACACCACUGAAGAAAAUCAUCAAAUUAUAUUUAGCAUAGCGAAGAUAUUUAUAACAAACUUUUAUGUGAUUCGCGUAGUUGAAAAAGGUUUAAGAGAUAAAUAUAUAUAUACAUAAAUAUAUUAUAUUUUCAAAAAAAAAAUACCAAAAGAAAAAAUAUAUAAGGAGUAUGGACCAAAGCGCUUUUCCGUUUGGGCGAAAACAACCUCAAAUGAUGAAACAAUUUCUGGGCCAUAAUCAUUAGUUUGAUGGGAUGAUCAAUACCAAUAAUCAUUAUUUAACUAAAUGUUUGUGUGGUACAAAGAGCAACAACAAAAAAUAAGAAAACUAAAUGUAUUUGAUGUGUUAAAUGUGUCAAGAAAACAAGACGAUAUACACCAAUGUAUAUAGAUUUAAACAAAUAUAUAUAUGUAAAAUGUAAUCUCAAAUUGUUGUGAACUAAACAAGCUAUUGAUAAGAUAUUUUCAUACUACUGCACUCUUCAAUCAAAACUGUUUUCAAUCAGCUCUCAUGUCAUCAUUGGAACUCUUAAAUGUGUUUGGUGUGCUUUGCAUGUAUACAUACUUGAUUCUAUCUAUAUAUUCUUAAAAACAAUCAUUACAUCCAAACCAAAAUAAUCAAUUUCAAAAAAUAUAUCAACAACAUAUGUUUCUUUCAAUAUUUUUGUUUUCCAAUGUCCAAUAUCCAAAUACCAGAAAAAUCUUGUUUACUACAAGAAACUACAGUUGCAAAUCAAAAAUAGGAACGUUCAAUUAGAUUUCAGUUAUGAUCAACUUAGUAUUAUCAAUUUUUAUUUAAUAGGAUUCAGUAAAGAAUGUAAAGAUAUAAAGAAAGAACGUAGGGGAUGUUUAGUUGAAUGCUCAUGGAAAAUGAUGAAUUGAUGCAAAACGCGAUGAGACUGAAUUCCUUCCUCCCCUCAAAAUGUAAUAAGAAAUAUAGUUUGAGAUCUUUUUGGAAACUUGUUUGGUUUUUAAUUUGUUUUUACUCAUGACAUAUUUUUGCGAGUCGAUCAAAUGAGAUACAUACAAUUUUUGAUACAAGAAUUAAU